CGGCGGACGGCUUGCCAAAUUCAGUUCUCCUGUUAAAGCCGUUUGCUGUUCCUCCAUGUCUAACCCUGAUGCACCGGGCAGCCUUGUGAGGGCUUGCAGUGACCCCUCCUCCGCCCCAGUAUCGCUACUGGACAGAUUCUAGUAAUAGCUUCCUAGUUAUGCCAUGGCUUUUGGAGAGCUACCAAAAAAAGACUGGUACGGUAUUUUGGGUGCAGGACCUUCAGACACUUUAGCAGAACUGAAAAGGAAAUACCAAAGGCUAGUACUAUUGUAUCAUCCAGACAAACAGAGCGCAGAUGUGUCAGCAGGAGAAGUGGAGGCGCGCAUGCAGAGGUUCAUCGAAAUUGAUCGAGCGUGGAAAAUUCUAGGGAAUGAAGAGACAAAAAAAGAGUAUGACCUGCAGCGGCGUGAGGAUGAAUUAACACAAGGAUGGCCAGCGGAUGCUCAGGUUUCACUUGAAGAUAUGACCUGGAAUCACAAUGAUAACUGUUAUUCUCUUACAUGCCGAUGUGGCGGAAAAUACAGUGUCUCCAAAUUUGAAGCUGAACAUGUUUCACUAGUAUGCUGUGAUACUUGUUCUCUACUUAUCGAGAUUCUUCAAUGACCCAGCCAUUUUCUUGACUCAAGCACACAGGAAAUGUGGAAGAUGUACCCACUUGAACAGUCUGCAAGAUUCUGCUAGUAAAUGUGGUUUAAAGUUAAGAACAAGGUUAGGACAGAAAAAGUGUUUUGAAUCCAUAGGAGCUCUUAUGAAAAUUCAUGAUCUGCUUUUUAGUUUGUUCUAUCCAUGUCCUAAUGUAUUCCUCGUUAGGUACUAAAGAUAGAAACCAAUGUCAUGUGAAUGGAUCUCUAUAUAGUAUGAUUGCCUCUUCCAUACAAAAGCCUCCCUGAGGAGACUUUGAUGUGAGCAGGAAGGUCAAGGAAUUAUCCUGUUCCACUAAUCCAAGCAGUGGAUCCCACCCUUUAUUUUCUGUUUAUUUAAAUAGUAACAUACCUUCAUGUAAUUCCUGUAUUCUGAUAAAGUGAUGCAUUUCUUCUGAUAAUAGAAGAAAUUAUCUAUUUAUAAUACCCCCUUUAUCCCAGAUGAAACUAUUGCUGGGAUGCAAACUCAACUGAAAAGUGGUUUAAUUCAAGUGGAAGCACUUGAAUUGGUUUAUUAAAACCAAUUUAAUGCAGUCUGCAGUAGCUCGUUUUCUUAAACCUAUUGGGAACUUUUUUACAAGGCCCUUCCCUAAGUCUAGCAUGGGACAGGGAGCUUGAUGGGUACCAAAAGUGUCUAUGAGCAUUGUGGUACCUCUGGCUCCACUUUGGAGACCUGGUGCUAAGAUCCUCCUACUCCUUUUCAAGAGGGUUUGCAAAUAUAUUCACAAUAGAUUGUAUCAUUUCCUGAGAGAAAAUAUUAUCAAAUGUUAUUCAUCCCCUUAAGAAAUUCUGAUAAUCAUCUUGCUAUAUGCAAGAUUAUUAAGUCCUAUCUAAAAAGUAUUGCUACUAAUUCCAUUACAUAUUAUUAUCAGCACAAACAUGUGUGAAUUCUGAGUGAAAAAAAUAAACGCGAUACAUGGCUGACUCAUGUCCGUAAUAAUUUUUGUGUUCUCUGUAAUGUUAUAAAUGAAGGUAUAAGGCCAGAAUACUGUUAAUGAAAGGAAAUUGUCUCAAUCAUGUUAUUUAUUGCAUAAAAAUACAUAUCACUGAUUUUUUAAAGGGCUAAUAAAGUACUGAAAAUAGA